UUUGCAAGGAAGCACGAAUCGAUCUGGAUACACGGACCCUUUUAUCCCAGAAACGAGCUGUGAACUUUUAAUCACCGACAUGCCUGUCAAUAGAGUUCGCGUUUUACCGGACAUACCAAAAAACAUGCCGAACAUGGAGAUCCUGAUCCGUGGGUUCGAAACAGACUUUAGAUGUUCGACAUCGGCCACCCAACAAGACAUCAAAUCAAAAUCAUCGAUUUCAAACGGCAACUUCGUCAGGAAGAUUAUUGAAAUUUAUGAGUCAAGCGUAAAGGCAUCUCACGAAAACAGACACUUGGAACGAGUUAAGGAAAAAUCCGAUUCGUUGAACUCUCUUGAUGUCAAUUGUAAUUGGAAGAAUAUAGAGAAGAAUGAUUCGAAUCUCGCAAUACAUGAUGAAUCCAGCUUGCAAGUUCAGGAUAAUUUUCAGAAAAAAUGUAAGACCUCUUUCACUUCACUUGAGACAUGCGAUGGCGAGGAUGAUUUUGUAAUGUGUAAUCAGUAUUAUCCGGAGAACGACGGAAAAACAUCUUCGGAAACAUUGCCGGAAUCUCCUGCCAAGAUCAAUAUGUAUGGUACUGCGGACGAGAUAUCAAUAAAUGCACGAUCCAGUUUUUUGAAGAGAAAUAAGACUUGGAACUUGAAGAAAAAAGAGCAAAGACCGAAAGAUAAAAUGAAGAAGACCAAAUCAAUAAUUUGCUCAAGUCCUUUGGGAGACGUUGAAGAUUUGAACUGUGAGAAUUCACUUGACGAUAUUUUAACAAGCUCUUGCGACUCAAGCAGUAAUAGCAGUUACAUAAAUUUACAAGCCGAUCUAUAUGACUUCGAAAAUGAACAAUUUGAUCUCUCGAGCUCAUCAUCACUAAAGUCCUUCAGAUCGUCACAGACUAAUGUGUGCACAAAUAUUGGCAAUAGCAGUAUAGAUUUAUCCUUCCAAAACAUAACUGUUACGCCUUCCAAGGAUAUUUUAAAAGAUCAAAAGAAUUUUGGUCAGGAUUCUAGAUCAAUAUCAGGAUCAUCAUCUAACUUUAGUCAAAAGUCAUCGCAUGUAAUCAGCGCCUCAAAUGAACAUCGACGUGUCAACACAGAAGACACUUGCGUAACGUGGAUGUCAAUUCUGGCAGAGAAACUGUCGCGAACGAAGUCGCUGAAGAAGUUGCUAAAGUCGACAUUCAACGAUAAGAUAUUAUUUAACUACAAGAAAGUUUGGAAAAAAUGGUCGAAGAAGCGUUCAAAUGAACAUAUUUCUGACUCGGGAUUUAUCGAACGAUUUUUGUCUUCAACGUCUUCUUCCUCGUUGACAUCUUGGCGUUCCGAUCUCGACUAUGUCGACGAAAAGCCGACUUUCAAAACUUUCGGCUACGCGGAAAAUACUUGCGAUAUGACCCGAUCGGAAAAUCCUCGCAUAGUAUUGACCGAGGUGCCUCGCGAAAAAUUUACAAACAAUUCUGUGUCUUCCAAUUCGAGUUCCUACGUACCUUCGGAUCAUACAAUCUCCUGCAAAGAAAACCGCCAAGAUGUCGAGCCUUCGCCGAAGUUGAAGAUUCCCUGUAAAUAUCCGCUGUUUUUUAAACAUCCUUAUCUCUCUCAGAAUCAGAUCCCGAAACAUCCCUUCGUCGCGGAAACGAAACUGGAUCAAACGGAGAAGUCGGCGGAAGAAAAGGAGAUAAAGUAUGAAAUGAUAGAACACAAACGGAAAUUUGAUGUGCAUAAGUUGGAACAUUGGGGUGUAUCAUCCCUACGUGUACAAAGUGAACUGAACCUCUCAUAUCCCAGGGUAUCUGAAUGGUUGGCUUCUUCUCGAAACAGCAACUGCAAUUUACUUGGAUCACGUUCAAGCAAGUCAACGUCGGCGCUCCAUGAACUCGAUGGACUCGGUGGGCUCGUUCGUUGGCAGAUACCGAUCCAUAAUGCCCCUACGUUGUGCCGCUCCAACACGAAUUUCUCAUCUACUAUGUAUUAUAAUCCACACGUACAGACAGAGUUUUGCAUGUCACGCUACGCCACUGUAAGUCCGAAAAACUUGAGAUUCUCCAUGUCGCAAGAGAAAUCACGAGCGAUCGAAAAGAGUUUUGAUGCUUAAAAGGAGGCACCGGCAUUCUUCAGAAAGAACUUUUAGCCGUGUAGAAAUUAUGAUUCCAAAUUAUGAUUUAAUUAAACUUCAUCGCUAACAUACGUCACGAUAAUAAUCUAUUUAAAUUACAAUCAUAUUUCUUGCAAUGACAGGUGCUAUGAUUAAAAAUGGUGUGCACGUAUAUACUUUAUUUAGAUUUAGGAUUAAUUCAAUCCCACUGGUACUAUCAGGCCGACGAGAGUAACUUCGAUUUAUGCCUGGUUUCCAACAGCUGCUUACACCAGAGCAGAGGCUAACAGAUCGUUGGCAAACGGGUUUGCCGUGUCAAUUCGCUUUGAUGGAUUGAUAUUAAUUGACACUGCAAAUCCCGGAGCACCAUUGUACAAUGUUAUAAUUAAUGGGAUUCCGAUCCAAUAAGAAUUUCGAUUGGCAAUUAACUUGCUUACUUAUUUAUCUAUUUAUCAAAAUUUUCAUUACAUUAAAAUAUAU